AACUUUUAAUAUUAAGUCGUAUAUAACCAGCAACUAAAGUAGAGUAUUAUCUCUCGAGGUGGUCAGCGUAAUGUCAUCUCGCUCCCACGCCUCGGCGGUUGUGUUAGUUGCAUCUCCUCGCGUCAGUUUCGCACCUUAUACAUAAAGCGACAAGAAACGGCAUCAAAGAAUAAGACAAGCAAUCACGCCAUAGUUCCGUUAAAUAUCACAAGCGACAAAUGUAGCUGGCGUGGCGUAUCAGUUGCAUAGCCAAAGUGAGUUAUCCACGCGGUCACCUCGUUCACUUCGUCUUCAGCUGUGAAAACGAACAGACGCAACGGAGUCAUAACGUCUGCUCAUUUUUCUAAUUAACAUUGCUAAGAUCACACGUGUUAAACUUUUUCGGUUAUAAUCAAAAUUGAAGACAAACGUAUUUGGUUAAGAAGUAUUCGCGAACGCGACAUAGUGUUGGAACAGGGAGCGUUAGCAGCGCCCGACAAGCCCAGAUAUCGGCCGGUCUGCGUACGGCGCCCCCGCGCUCUAAACAUUAAACAUAAUUCGGCGACCGGCCGAAAGAGCCCCAUAAUCAAUCACCGCCCCUAUUUCGGCGAUUAUUCGGCGAAUUAGUUAAGCUCCAGUUCACACCGGCUGAGGCGCAGUUGGCUCAACUUAAAGUUUACACCGGUUCUUUUCAUCGCUAUAUAUUUGUCUAACGCUUAAAACGACCGAGUUGUGUCUUGCAUACCUUAUCUUACUCGGCAGAGUAUAGCCACGCUUGAUAGCGUGAAGCGUAGGUGUGACACAAAGGAGUGAAGGAGAAGUCUUUAUCUGGAAACGAAAUAGAGUUAACCGCAAUCGAAUAGUCUAGCUCGCUCGAUGUCUCGCGCGCAUGCGUUCUAGUUGAAACAAUCCGUCGUCAAGCCGCGUAGGAUUAUCAGCUGUUUGAUGUUGUCUGGAGGCCAGCCAAUCUGAGUUUGGAUUCUUAGUUCUUAAUUACUUUCUUUGCUUUCUUUAUUGUUUUUUUUUUAAUGUAACCUUAAUAUACAAAUUUCCUCUACCAAAAGCUUUAAAGCACCACACCAACUGCACUUUCGAUGGGCCCAACGAACCUGCACCGAUGGAUAUAACAGUGAGUGACAAGUCCGAAUAUAACUUACAGUGAGUACGGCCUAUUAUUGGCGAACGAAUUAUUUAAUCGGUUUUAUCGCACUCGGAAUGCUCGUGUAUUAACAUGAAUAUAUAUAAUAGUUUAACACCGCCCUGUUACACCUGAGUCUAGGCAAAAGAAAACAAAAUACUAAAGAGUAAAGCAUUCUUAUAUGGAUCAGAUGAUUGUUAUCUGAAGUUUACUUUAAUUAAAAUGUACCGAUAAAUUGUACAGGAAGGUCCGUCGCCGGUACGAUCCUACGCUGAAGUCAUAUUGUUUAUGUUGAAUUAAAUAAAACAUUAGUGAAGGGGUAACCACCCAAAUUAAUCACGAGUUACCAAGGUUGGGAGGGUAAAGAAUGGGGAGCGAUCAACACCUACCGCACCCUAGCCACUGAAAUUCUCACAUAACAGUCCGCCGUUCUCAUUUUUAUUAAUUCUGUACGUGAGUACAGCCCGAAUACAUCUUAUUGGACCUUCAUCUUAUUAGUAUACAGUCAGUGCACUUAUCCUUUCUGAGCACAAAAGGAGUGAUAUGUGAAGGGAAGAGGAAAAGACCCACGCCAAAUCCGACGAGCAUAGUAUAGAGCAACGCUAGAAGUGCACACCUUCCGAAUCUCUUCACCUCUGCGGAAGAACAUCAACCGCACGAAGCUGGUGGCCUCUUGAAUAGAGCACAAGAUCGCAUACAUACCCUUCUGCAUGCUACAGAAAGUGGCGCCCAACGUGGGGCCCGAACGGCUAGGAGAAAUAAGCCCUACAUUAUAGCUCUCAAAUUUCACCCAUUUAAUAACAUAUUAAACAUUUACUAAAUUCCGUAAUUUUAUGAUUUGAAGUUUUCCAUAUCUGUCUUAUGAGACUGUUCUCUGGAGAAGCGAUUAUAAUUCGAGUGCUUACGGAUUAGUCGACCGAGUCGAAUCAUAUUUCAGGGAUAACUUUUAAGUUAUAGAAUUCACCCAGUUACCCAGGUUGUAGCGACCCGUUGAUAUGAAUGAAUCAUCGUCUCUAGGAAUAGCGAUACCUAUUACGAAUAGUUCGACCAGAGUGAAUAGACUCACAUACAACAAUACGCAUCUCGAUUCUGGGGUAACGAAUGCGAGAUUAGGUCGCGUAAUUAUGCGGAAAAGCAACUUAAGAAUAGUUGACCUGUAAAUACAAACCCGACCUCAGCAAUUAGAAGUAUCAGUAGUUUUCGGUAUUGGCGACGUUAUGUGAGAUUAUCCAGUUGGGAUAACAAUAUGACCAGCAUGGAGUCGGAAGGUGCGGACCGAAUUUAUUAUUAACAGUUCAGUUUAAAGUUUCAGUUAAAGUUUAAAAAAAAAAAAAAAAAAAAAAAAAAAAAAAAAAAAAAAAUAUAUAUAUAUAUAUAUAUAUAUAUGAAAAUGGCAGUUCGUCACAGUAGGGAGAACCUGACAGAUAUAUUGAGCGAACAAGAUGCAAUCUGCAAUAUUUGCGACCAACCCUUAAGUCAAGCUGAUUUAACCGCAGUUUCGCCAUGUAAACAUAAAUUUCAUUACCCAUGUAUUACCGAGUCUUUAAGAGAAUCUAACCACUGCCCAACUUGCAAAAGGCUCUGUACAUUUAAUCAGUUGGCUUUAUCAAAUAACAACUUGCAAGCUGAAUUAUCCGCUGCUGACCAGUUAGUCGACAUUGCUACGCAUGAGGAAGCAUCGGAAAACAGCAGUACCGGCAAUCGAGGUAGAGGCAGAACAAGCAGAAUUAGUAACGCAGUACAGCGCCGCGGUAUGGUGACCAGAUCCCAACAGCGGAGCCAACUUGCGCCGCUGCCAAACAUUUGCGCGAGUGAGGCAAGCGUGUCUCACGAAGCCCCUAAAGCACAAAGUGUGGAAGAUAUAAACCAAAUAAUUCAGGCCGCUAUGCAGCGUCAACAGCAACAGCUCAUGCAGGACCUGACAGCAUUGAUUCAGGGACAGUUGUCAACACGUCAGGUUGACAGUAAUAGUCAUCACUCGGGUCGAGAAAGAGUGUUUACUCCACCCGGUGAACCAGUUUUUAUAGCAGACCGGAACCAGAAUACAUCCUCAAGUUCAGGUCAUAUCAAUAACCAAUACAAUGGCAACGCCAGGAGACCAAACGCUUCGGUUCUGCCAGACAAAGUUCCAAACAUUAUUCAGAGUUGGCGAAUCAAAUUCGAUGCAGCUAGAGAUGGUCUGCAAACGGACGAGUUUCUCUACAGAGUUCGAGCACUAGCUCAACAGAAUUUAAACGGGGACUAUCAGCUUCUAUGCGAUCACUUACACCUCUUCUUCGGUGGGAAAGCCGUCGAGUGGUAUUGGAGGUUUCAUCGCGCUUGCCCUCAGUUUACUUGGGACGAGUUUUGUAGAGAGUUUAGAAAGAAAUUUGAUGACAUUGAUACAGAUAUGGAUAUCUGGGAGGCAAUUAACAGCAGACGUCAAGGCGAUAAGGAAACCUUCGAGGAAUAUCAGUUUCAAGUCGAGAGACUUGUGUCUCGCCUAAAAACCAUAAUUUCAGAAGAAUCGUUAGUACGACUUCUCAUCCGUCAUUCAAAGCCCCAUCUUCGUUACGAGCUAAUGCACUUAGGCAUAAACACCCUAGCGCGUUUAAGAGAAGCAAUUCGCACUCACGAGCAAUUUUCCAAACAAGUUAAGCCCCUAUCAGUGAAAAAUAUUUUUCCCCAACGCUCUACUGUCUCCCAGCUCGAUAAUGGGUCGGACGCCGAAGAACUAGACGAAGUUUCAGCGCUGCAGCACAAGCAAAUGAAGUGCUGGAACUGCGCAAAGUCAGGCCAUCGGUUCGAGGAUUGUCUUGAGGCGCGUAUCAUCUUUUGUUAUGGAUGUGGGAUGAAGAACACCUAUAAGCCAAAUUGCCCAACAUGUAACCCGUCGGAAAACCGCAGAAGGGAUGCGUCAGCCAACAAAAACCUGUCGCAUCCGAACCAUUAAAAGUAGAUUGUAGUACUCAGACCGAAGUCACAAAUCCAAUUUCAUACAGACCAUGUAAUCCACCAUGCCAGAUACCUCAAGCUAAACUAGAGAUUCACCAACCAUACCAAGUUCGAGCAGCUCAGUAUGCAUCAGCCAGAAAACGCAUCUUCGGAGACGUAGACAGUUGCUUAUUGAUUCGAAAACCCCGACGUUCAACCUUGCGAAUGAGGUUUUUCUGGAAAAAGGUAGAAGAGAGCCGUAAAAAGCUUAUUUCCGCCGUAUUCUUGAAUUCAGAUAACCGAUUGUACACCGAUAUCAAAAUCGACGAUAAUAGUUAUACCGCUCUUUUAGACUCAGGUGCAACUAUAAGCUGCAUUGGCGGCGUAGCCGCACAAAAGUUCAUCAGACAUCCACAGCUACAGAAGUGUUCUGGGCAAAUCAGAACAGCCAAUAAUGCCAAAUGUUCCGUAGUUGGCAGACUUGUCGUUGAAAUAACUUAUCGCAACCAAACUAAACCAGUAGAAUU